AAGUUGACGGGGGAGGGGAGUAGUCCUUAGAGAGAGCAGCGAGAGAGUGACGGACAGAGAGACACCGGGAACAUAAGGAAGUAAAGGCCCUGACUGAGAGAAAAAGAUAAACGACAAACGACAACAACACAAUUCAAUGUGCAGUCUAGGGUUUUUCAUUUAGACUGUUUGAGCUAAGUGGACUGAAAGGUGAACUGGAGGCCUGGUCUGUGAGUCCUCAAGGUCUGUUGUGUUCCUGCGACCCCGCCGGCCUGCUAGUUCAAACACGACCCACAUGGAAGAGCAGGACGCACGGGUGGCAAGGAUCCUAGAGCUCAACGACGGAAGGCGCAUGCCCAUAUUGGGCCUGGGCACGUGGAAGCCCCCCCACCUGCCGCGCUCCCCGGCCCAGGCUCAGGCGGCUGUGGAGGCGGGCAUCGCGGCGGGCUACCGCCACAUCGACACGGCCCACAACCACCACAACGAGGUGGACAUCGGCCGGGCCCUGCGCUCCAAGAUCCAGCAGGGCAUCAUCAGGAGAGAGGACAUGUUUAUCACCAGCAAGCUGUGGCUUACCCAUCAUGCCCCAGAGGACAUCCCUGCCUGCCUUGACCAGUCCCUGGGGGCCCUGCAGCUCGACUACGUGGACCUCUACCUGGUGCAUUUCCCUGUAGGCCUGAAGAAAGUAGGUGAUGAGCUUUUUCCAAUGAAAGCUGGGGAGAUGCUAACAACUGACAUUGACUAUCUGGAUGUGUGGAGGGGAAUGGAGGCCCUGCAGGCGUGUGGUAAAGCCAAGAGCAUCGGUGUGUCCAACUUCAACGUUCUCCAGCUGGAGAGACUCCUUGCUCUGGCUCGGGUCCCGCCCGCUGUCAACCAGGUGGAGCUGCACCCGUACCUGGCCCAGAUGGAGUUGGUAGAGUUUUGCAAAGCCAAAAACAUCGUCCUUACUGCCUACAGCCCCUUUGGCUCCCCUGAAAGACCCCCGGAACUUCACAGAGGGGAGAGAGAUCCAGAGAACCUUCUAGAAGACCCGGUCAUUAAAGAAAUUGCCAGGAAGCACAAACAUAGCUCUGCGCAGGUUUUGCUGCGCUACCACGUGCAGCGAGGUAUAUCAGUCAUCCCCAAGAGCGACAGAGCUCAUCACAUCCUCGAGAACACAAAGAUCUUUGACUUUAGUCUGACGGAGGAGGAAUUGGCCGCGCUGAGGGAGCUGGACCGGGGAUGGAGAGCUUGUGUCCAUGAAGAGCUGAAGUCUCAUCCUUAUUAUCCAUUUGAAUAAGAAUGAAAGGGCAGAGAGAAGAAAGAGUGGAUUAAUACCAUCUUCAUGUUCGUAAAAUGGAAACAGACCUUGCAAGGGCUUGAGGUUUUUCCUUAAAACUGUUCAUUCAGUGUUGAUGAUAAAAUGAUACUGUGAAAUGCACUGGCGAAACGUAAUACACAGAGAUGUGUUGAAAUUGUAAAACAAAUAACUUGAAUAAAAUAAUAAAUAAUAAAAAAUCUUUAUCCUAGAUAAAAUGCAAACUAAGUUUCCUAUUUGUAGCAUCUGCCAUGUUAAAAAGCGUUAUGUUUUGCAGACAAAUCCUAUGGUAAACAUUAUGAAACACGAAGAACUAUACUGUGAAAUGCACUGCCAAAACAUAGAAAACAGAUCUGUGUUGAAAU